AUGCCAUCAAUAGCUGCGCUCUCGCCUUAUGGAUUUAAAGAAGUCGAAAGCGGUAGCGUUGAAAGGGACGUAGAAGGAAGUUCAGGGAGUGAAUCAGUGCAUCGGUAUCGCUGUAACAAUAACUAUAAGCUCUUAUGUAGGGCAAUUUUAGAAAACCAGCCAACAUAUGCACAAUAUAUGAAAUUAUUAGUUUUGUUCGUGAUCUCAGCUGUUCAUUAUGCAUAUAUGAGCUCGUUCUUACAUGCGUUUGCUGCCAUUGCCGACUACGCAGAUGCAGUUACCCCGAGGAUGAAAAUGGACCAAGUCUUUUCGCUUCGGCACCAGAUUGAAAUUUUAACGGAUUACAAAAAGAAUAUGUGGUUAACUGUUGGAAGUAUGUGUGUCUCGUUAUCAACUUCUUGUUUCUUUCUGCUUUUGCCAUCGUCAUCGCAACAUUCCAUCUAUGUGGCACUGAUGCGGAUUGUGGACUUGAUAGCAUUUUCUACACUCCCAGCUUUGUUUGUUGCCAGGUCAAUACUGGUAAAAGCACUGAAUGAACGUUUACCAGAGGUUCUACAAAAAAUAGGACAUCAUUUACUCCCACCUCAACUCCAGGAUUCUCCACCUUGUACAAUUGUGGAACGUGAAAAUGUAGCCCUAUGUUCAGAGCUAAUUUUGAACUCGAUAUUUCCAUUGUGCCUCAUCAAGUAUUUAAUCAUCUUGGCUGUGCUCUCUAUCGCCUAUUUAUUCAUUGCUUACGUAAUUGACUGGUCUGUUAAAAAGUACUUCUUGAAAACCAAAUCAGUUCGUGGUCACCCGAUCUAUACAGCCAUGGUCGUCAGUCCUUGA